UGGAAUCGCCCCUUUAUCCUCUGCCCUGUGAUCUCACCCCUUAUGUCUGUGUAGAGAUGGUAUCGCCCAACUUCACCGUUUGAGUGGCGUUGGAAAGGUUUUGGGAGUUUAUGGAAACUGUCAGAUGUGUUUUAUACACCAGGCACUGGAACCUAAUGAGAAAACAAGAGCUGGAACCAGGCCAAAAAAAAGAGAGCUUGCUGGUGAUUCAUUGGACCAGACCACACCAGAUCCCCCCGUCCCAAUGGGAGAUAAUAAGGCCAUUUAUAUGGGUGUCAGUGGACAGGAAGCACGACCAUAUCUGGACUCUGAAGGGCAGACAAUCAAGUCUUCAGAAGAAAAUGUUAGAAGAAACCACACAGACUUUUAUAGUGAUGAAUGCUGUCUGGUGGGAUGCUAUCCCUUUAAACGUCUGCCGGCGGGACAGUUUGGAUCUGAUACAGGCAAGAUACAAGACGUCCUGCGAAGUCCCGGCAAUACAGAUAACUGCUGACAGACGGCAGCCAAUUUGCUGUCCCGCCACACCAGAGCAAAGCGCUAGAAAUAUGGGCAGAGGAGUGACCCUUUGGCUGUGUCGCCCAUCCAUCCGAACCCGGUGGUGGGCUGGCCACCGUGGUAAUUGCCUGCGAAACAGUGUUUUGACAAGCCAGACGGGUGUAAGCCAUCAUUCUAGCAGCACGGUGAUGAGGUGUCACCUGGAGAGAGCUGUUGAGAGCCCACAUGUUUACAUGCAGCCAGUGUGGUUCCACUGAGACAGCAGUAAUCCAUUAAGAAGGGGGCUGAUCCUGCGAGGGGUUUGAUGAAGUUGAAGCUCCUCUGCCCCAUGCAGAAGGGCGUUUAGCGCUGCCGGCCCCACUGCUAGUGUGCAGGGAUAUAUCACCUGCGUACUCACUGUUUCAUCAUAGCUCUCUGUUUCUCUACUCUCCAAACAGUCUUCGGUGCUUUAGACUGAGUGUCCAAUUGAAAGGAAAACUCACCUUUUGUCCACUCAAAAUAUAAAAGAAACAAAUCUUUUAUAUGUUUCAAAAAGCUUAAUUGAUGUUUCUACCUGGGUUUCCUCUGUUUUUAAAAAGGUCUUUGUUUGUCCUAAAAAGGACUUAAAUCGGUGCACAAAGUCUUAAAGUCAUGGCAUGAAAUGUUGGAUGUACUGCAAAAAACUUUCUCUGUGGUUUCGUUUUGUUUCCCAAUACAAAUAUUGAAAAAUCUUAAAAUAAGAUACAUUUAGGCCUACUUGAGAUACAAAAUGUACAUAUGAAGUUUUUUUGUUUUCUGAGAAA